AUGGCGUCAGUGGACUGGUCUGAGCUUCCAAAGGAUAUUAUCUUUCUGAUAUCACAACGCCUUGACGUAGAACUUGAUCUCAUUCGUUUUCGAUCAGUUUGUUCAACUUGGCGCUCUUCCCCGAUUCCAAAUGACCAUAACAUUUUACCCUUCCAAUUCCCACUUCUCAAAUAUGUUCCAACACCAGAUUCCAUCAGCAACAACAACGAGAUCAUUGAUAACAUCGAAAACACCAGCACUUCAUUUGGCCACCUCUCCAAACGCAGCUUCUUCCUCGUCAAACCACCACAAGAACAACAACAACAAGAAACCCUAAUUCGUCGUCGGCCUUGGUUGAUACGAAUUACCCAAAACUCAAGUGGUAAAACUCAACUCUUAAAACCACCUUUCUUAAGUCUCACAUCUACAGCCUUUUCUCAUUUGCCUAAUGUGGUUGAUUUCACCAAAUUCUCCCCCCAACAUUUAGCAACCGAUUUCAUCAUUGACAAAGACGACUUAACAUUCCAAAAUCAACACAGUAGCUACUUGUAUCCGCAAAAGAUCCUUGCUGUCACAUGCCCCGAGAAAAAGCCUCUCGUACUUGGCACAUUGAGUUAUUGUUCCUCCAAGCGAGUGCUUUUCCAUGACCGAGACAAGCGCUGGACACCGGUCUCCAAUUUGUCAACUGCCCACGGAGACAUCUGCCUGUUUAAAGGGAGGUUUUACGUGGUCGACCAGUCUGGCCAGACAGUUACAGUUGGACCGGACUCGAGCACUGAGUUAGCGGCUCAACCUUUGUAUCGACGUUGUGUUCGUGGUGAGAACAGAAAAUUGCUGGUGGAGAAUGAGGGUGAGUUGUUGUUAUUGGACAUUCAUCAAACAUUUUUUCAAUUCAGUAUCAAAUUCUUUAAGCUUGAUGAGAUGGAGAAGAAGUGGGUGAAGUUGAAAAAAUUAGGGGGUAGGGUUUUGUUUGUGGGGAGUGGAUGUUCGUUUUCUGCUUCUGGUUGGGAUCUGUGUCUUCCCAAAGGAAAUUGUGUCAUCUUUAUUGACACUUCCGUCCUCUCUAGUGACAAUAUGGCAGGCGGGAACCGUGUUUUUCACUUGGAUCGAGGUCAGCUUUCGCAUGUGUCUGAAUAUCCCGAAUGUGAGAACUUGUUCCUUCCACCGGAAUGGAUCCUCAAAAUCUGA